UGCGCCCGAUUGAGAUUGGGAUGUAAUCGGUUGUGUCGUUUUCUAUGCAUGGAACGAAUAGCUGCGAAACCUAAAAAAUAGAGAUCGACAAUCGUUGCAAUCAUUGGACGAUAUCUUUGUGUAAUUUGAUGCAUUUUGUUUACUUCUGGACACACAUUUGCGUUUCAACUCAAACCGUAGAAGUGGAACUCAAACUCUAAACUGACUAUUUAUUAUGACAUUGCAAACUGUCAAUGGGCGCGAUCAAAUAGAAAGAAAAAACUAUGAUUACAAAACAUGCAUUCCGGCUGUGUAGUAGAGCGGUAAAAAAGUAUUUACCAAGAAGCAGACAUUUUUCAGUGCAGUAAACAAACCAGUGUUUUAAGUUUCCAGCUAAAAGCAUCAUGAACUCCUUACAACAAAAGUUUCUGUACUACAGUAGACGAAAAUCGUUUCGAUACGGUGUUCCGUUUUUGCUACUGAUUGUAGGCGGUUCGUUCGGUUUGCAGCAAUUUGCUCAGCUCAGGUACACGUUCUCGAAGAAAGGAUCCCUAACAAGACAAGAAGCCGAAAAGUAUGGCAUCAACAUGAAGAAGGAAGAGGAAGUCACCCUCGAAGGAGAGUACGAAAAGAUUAAGGGGCUUGAUAUUGAACAUUGGGACAAUGUACGGGGGCCCCGGCCAUGGGAAGAAACAACCCCUACUAGCGGGAAGCAGUGAGAAGAUUGAGCGAGAAAGCAUUCGCUUGCUAGGAUUGUGUUAAAAAGUUAUGUUGUUUCCAUAAAAAAUACAUUUUAUUUCCCCGCAAUUUA